AUGCUAGGCUGUUACACACAUAUGAAUUUGUGAUUUGUGUGAUUUUUUUGGGGGAAGAAUAACACACAUCACAAGCAUUAUAGUCAGUAUAACCAUUUAGAGACAUCUGAUAAUCAGGCCUGUGAAGUCUCUAGGUUUUUCUUAAUUAUUCGACUUAAAAUGGACAAACGUGGGCCACAAAUAUUUCACGAGCAGAUCGAUGAGAAAAAAAUCAGUCCUAUUGCACGUCACAUGCGAUGGCGAUGUUUUAGACAUCCGACAGUCAGGCAUUUGCUUACUUGACUGGUAAUGAGACUCGGAAUCAAAUACUUCCUGAUUAUCGUUAUGUGUAUAUUCUCUCUCACCAUUUUCCAAGCAGGUCGGUGAGGAGAAAUCACAAGUCACACAGGACAAUCAAUCAAGAGGAAAUCUUUUAGAGAUAUCUGAUAAUCCGGAUCAAAUUGUUUCCAUUUAUCAUCAGAAUCAACUUUAUGGGCCAAGUUGUUGUUUAUAAUAUGUUUAUAAUCCACUUAAUACUAUUUUCCGAACCGGUUGUGAAAUCACUUUCAACAACCUGCAUUACUGCACUCUGUAAAACCCUCUCAAAUCCCUCCUGAUCGUCAGCAUGUUUGUACCUUGUGGACCUCAAAAUAUUAGAAAAAUAAAUUAUGCAGAUUGUUUAAUACCGAACAAACGGAUGCAUUUUUGUAAUUACGGUACAAACGUGUUCCUAAGAUUGUGGCCAGUGAGUGCUUACACCAUGUGAGAUCGUGCAGCCGUGAAUCAAGGGUAUUAUUCUGGGCAUCCGUAGCGUGUAAAUAGAAAUCAGCGCAUGUAAUCCCCUUGCAGAGAGCGCACAGCCCAGCGAGCCCACACUGGGCGAUAGGGCCAGGAGCAUGACUGAGCAGCAGGAACACUCUGAAGAAACAGGCCUGCUGACCACACAGGACCUGGAAGCCUCCAAGGACGAAGACGCGCAUGGACACCUCAGGUUUCAUCUGAUUGAAGAGCUGUCCUACGAGGAUGUAAAAAAAUGUUACCGUGGCUCGUGUGUGUCUUGCAGUGACUUGCUUCAGGCCAUGGAUGAGUGUGUGUGUGUGUACGGUGCCAACGUGCUGAGCCUGGUGCAGAGCUCGCCGCCUCUGAGGGAGCGGGUGGUGUCGGCGGUGAGCCGGGUCGGAGCGGCCGGCGGCUGGAGAGGGGGUUCCGGUGCCGUGCAGGCGGGCCGGUCCGCCAAGGAGCUGCUCAUGACUCUGCCCUGUCCCUCUGCACAGACUGUCAGCAAGUACAACUCGCAGUACCACAAACUGUUCCAGUGUGUGCCCAAGGAUGAGCUCCUUAUGAAAGUGUAUUCCUGUGCUCUUCUCAGAGAUAUCCUGCUCCAAGGCAGGCUUUACAUCUCUAGAAAUUGGCUUUGUUUCUAUGCCAACCUCUUCGGCAAGGACAUUAAGGUGGCCAUCCCUGUUGUCUCAGUGCGGUUGGUGAAAAAGCACAAAACAGCAGGCCUGGUGCCCAAUGGCUUGGCUAUCACCACAGACACUAACCAGAAGUAUGUAUUUGUGUCGCUUCUAUCAAGAGACAGUGUGUAUGACGUCCUUCGUAGGAUCUGCACACACCUACAGGUCAAUGGGAAGAGUCUGAGUUUGAAGCAGUACAUGGAGGAACCCACAUUGUCACUGGAUGAAUUCCCAACCCCUGACGGGUUUCCAGUGGUGGAUGAAUUCCCGUCAGUGUUAAAGUGGAGAAGGAAGGCCUCAGUGGUGUCUGUGUCCUCCUCCCUUCCUGACCUGCUGGGGAACUCCAGCAGCAGUCUGAGUGUUGCAAACACACCCUUCAAGUCAGAGCAGCCUUUAGAAGAGGGAGCCCUGGAGACAGACAGAGGCCUUUUAUCGGAGCCAGUGGCAGAGUUGGGCCAGAUGGAAUACCAGCUGCUCAAGUUCUUUACCCUGCUGAUCAUUCUCCUCAUCCUGUCUUCAUGCUACUUGGCAUUCCGUGUCUGCAGUCUGGAGCAGCAGCUCUCCUUCCUCAGUAACCCACAUUUGCCCCUCAGGGAGAGGUAACCUCGGCUCCCCUAGAUGGGCCUUUGGUUUGGCUGCUGGUCAAGCCUGCCACGUAAAGAUCCACAGUCAUUUCCGGCUCUCCACUUCAUCAAAUGACAAAGCAACGACCCCAGACAUCUCUCUGUGGGACUAGGGAUCACUUUGACUAUGCACACAGACUUUUUAUUUGUGUCCCGUAAUCACCCCGAAGUAAUCAUUCAGCUCAGUAAUUACUUGAAAAGACUCAAAAUAGAGGCAUUUCAUUUGUGGUUCAGCCAACUUACAACCUGUCGACCUUAUAACAGUCUUGACGUCUGCACUUUUAAAAAAAGAAAUACAUGUCAUCCUAAUUUUCAAAGCAUUUAUAAAUGUAUGUAUCGUUGUUGCACAGUGGUUAAAACGUGCCUCACAGUUCAGGGGUUCGAAUUUCAGCUCUGAUGUUUGCAUGUACUCCCCAUGCUUGAGUGGCUUCUUCCUAAAAACAAGCACGUUAGGUUCAUUGAUAACUCUAAAUUGUCCUUAGGUGUGUUGGAUGGAUGGAUGGAUGGAUGGAUGGAUGGAUGGAUGGAUGGAUGGAUGGAUGGAUGGAUGGAUGGAUGGAUGGAUGGAUGGAUGGAUGGAUGGAUGGAUGGAUGGAUGGAUGGAUGGAUGGAUGGAUGGAUGGAUGGAUGGAUGGAUGGAUGGAUCGAUGAUUCUUGAAUGGAGGUACUGAGUUGUCACCUUUAAAGGUAUUUAUGCAACGGAGGUUGCAGCACUUGACUAAUUGAAAAGAUUUUUAAACUAAUAUGAUGAAGCAAUAACACCUUGUGUGUUAAUUACAAUGUGAAUGCAAUUUCGUAAUUUAGUAACAUAUGUCUAUUUAUAGAUGUAUUCAUCUGUUCUCAAAGAGUAGUUUGUUUUAUAAAUUUCAAAUGAAGUGCUCACUCAUACUAAUGAUGAGCGUAAAUGUUAUCUUGACUUUGUUGAAGAAUAGUAUGUUGAUUUUUGCGAACUGGUUGUCGCUCUAGUUUAGCGAUGAGCUCCUUGUUGAUUAAAAUUACGACAGACCAGA